GCCACACGCGCGUGUGUGUGUGCUGUAAAUAUGUAAACAUCUCAAAUAUAACCAAAAGAUAAGUAAAUCACAUCCCAGACACAAAAUAAUCAACGACAAUAAAUAAUACGAAAAAAAAACAACAGGAAUAAAUAAAUGCAGAAAGAUGUGAAAAUUUUAUGCAGUCCAUUUGAGGCAUCUAGUAUCGAGAUGUGUUCCUAAACACCUAACAGUGCAAUACCUCGCACCACAGGGUAUGCAUGUAUAAUUACUGGGAAAACCACAAACAGCGCAAAAAUGUCUCUCAGGGAAUUUAGAUGGUGAUGCUUGGGCACUCGAGUAGUUGGGUGGUGCUGGAUUAUUAUUGGCAUCCUCCUCUACUAAUUGUGCAAAGCUCUUUCGAAAACGUUGUUUGUAGUACUCUGCUGAACGAGUCUUCUUCUUCCUUGGACCACGACCGUCUAGGGACUCUUGGAAUUUGGGGACUUUCUUGCUCAUUACUAAAUUAUGCAAAAAUAAUAUCAAUUUCAAUUAGUUAAAAUAAUAAUAUAUAAUAAUGCAAGAGAAAUUGAUGAUAGCAUUGAAUGGCAUUAAAUACCUAAAUCUGCAUGUGGAUCAUCAUGAAAAUUAUCCUGUUCCAAAGCCUCAAGUGCCUUCUUCUGCCUUCGCUUUCUUGCCGCAUCAUCAAGAACUCUCUUUUGAUAAGCAUCUUUAAUUCUGCCAGAUUCCCUCGCUGCCAUCUCUUUCGUAUUUCCUUCAAGUUUAAAACAAUUCACAAUCCCUUGUCAGCGAGUGGAAACGAUAUCUGAUCCAUGAGAUCAUCAACUUUAGCUUGCAGAGUCUCCAGAAUAUCAGCUGAUAUGAAGAGAUGUUUUUCGUCGAGAUCCUGAAUUAUAAAUUUUCUUCCCAGGGCAAAAGUCUCGUCCAAGUGAAGGAGAAAUUGUUUCAUAGCUGCAUCACUGAAAAUUAUCAGCCAUCAUCAUCAUGUCUAAACGUGUUACAUUGGAUGAGAAACGUACACGCAUGCUCCAGAUAUUCCAUGAGAGGGAGGAUUUUUUUACACUCAAAGAAAUUGAAAAAAUUUCUUCACAGGAGAAGGGAAUUGUUGUGCAGAGUGUAAAAGAUGUAUUGCAAGCAUUGGUGGAUGAUGGACUUGUUAAUUCUGCCAAAAUUGGAUCUGCUAUUUAUUUCUGGGCAUUCCCCGGAGAGAAAAUAGUAGCUGUUGAACAACGAAUUGCAGAGACAAAUAAAGUUAUUGUAGCAGCAGAAUUCAAAUUACAAAAACUCAAUGCAGAAAUGGAAACAAUUUCGGUGGCUAAGGAAGACACAGAGGAGAGACAGAAGGUGAUCCAAGAGCUCGAACAAUUGAAGCAAAAGGAAAUUGAGUUGACAAAACAAAUAGCAAAUUUCAGUGAUUGUGAUCCUGAAAUCGUUGAAAAAAUCAACGAGCAAGCAAAGCUAUACAAAGAAGCAGCUAAUGUAUGGACCGACAAUAUAUUCUCAAUUCAGAGCUGGUGCAAGAAUAAAUUCGACAUUUCAGAGGAGACACUCAACAAACAAUUUCACAUCCCAGAGGAUUUGGAUUAUCUCGAGUAAAAUACUCACCACUCAACUAAAAUUCCCUUUGUGACAUUCACCAUUCCCAUAAUAGUUAUUCUACGAUAUCAACGGGAAUUGUUAUUUAUGAUUAUUAACCAUAAGACCAUAUCAGUUUAUAGGUUAAACUUAUUGGAGAGAGAAAAUGUUGCAGGUCUUGUUGAAUUUCUCAUCACCAGAUGGCUGGUGUAUCGUUAAAAAAGAGAGAGACAAUUUUGUCCUUUUGACAAAAUUGGAUAAAUUUUCCUCGAGAGAUAAUUGUUGUUUUUUUUGCCUCUCCAAUAAUUUACUAAUGAAUAUAAAAUUUUCGAUAGUGUAAUAAAUUUGUUGGCAAUCCA